AUGACGAAACCGCAGCCUCUCGAUGGAAAAGGUGGAGAUGGUCGAGGAGGACGAGGAGGACGUCCAGAUGGCGGCCACGACGAUGCUGGCAGUGGCGAUAGGAGGCCCUCCGCUGCGAUGAGCGAACAGCGGGAUAGCACCAAGCUAGGCACCCUGUCUGGGGUCUACAUCCCUGUGUUCCUCAACAUCAUGAGCAUCCUGAUGUUCUUGCGUUUUGGCCUCAUUCUUGGACAGGUUGGCUUCAUGGGCAUAUUUGGCCUGCUCAUCAUUGCAUAUUGCAUUGACUUACUAACAACCCUCUCCCUGUCUGCCAUUGCCUCUAACGGUGAGGUCAAGGGCGGUGGUGCCUACUACCUCAUCUCUCGCUCCCUCGGUCCCGAGUUUGGAGGUUCGAUCGGAAUCCUCUUCUUCCUCGCCCAGGUCUUGAACGCGUCUAUGAAUGUUGUUGGUCUCAUCGACUGCAUCCGCCUCAACAUGGGUCCAGCGUUUCCUGAAGGGUAUUGGACGAGCUAUGGCCUCCAGACAGCCGCUCUCAUUCUCUGUACCGGCUUAUGCUUCUUGGGAUCGGCUACCUUCUCCAAAGCCUCAAAUGCCUUGCUUGCGGUCUUGAGUCUCGCCAUUAUCAGCAUACCGAUCUCCGCAAUCUUCAAGGAGCCCUUCCGUGAUGAAACCCUGGGCAUAGAUUUCACCGGCCCGAGUUUCAAUACCCUGGCCGACAACUUUCUUCCCCAUACCACCAGCCCGGCGUACAACGGCCUCGCCACCUUCCGUGACCUCUUUGGUAUUCUUUUCCCUGCAACUUCGGGAAUCUUUGCUGGUGCUUCUAUGUCUGGAGACUUGAAAGACCCCAGCAGAUCCAUCCCCAACGGCACUCUUUGGGCCAUGCUAACAACCUUUAUUGCCUACUUUGUUGUCAUCCUCUCUCUCGCCGCAAGCACUACCCAUGCCUCCUUUCUGGCGAACCCGAAUGCUAUUUCUCUCGUCAGCUUAUCCCAGCCUGUCAUCCUAGCUGGAGAGUGUGCCGUGACCUUCUUCUCAGCUCUGAUGGGUCUUAUUGGGUCCGCCAAACUUUUCCAGGCCUUCGCGAGGGACAAGCUUCUGCCAGGACUCUCAAUUUUUGGCAGAGGAACGAAACAUGGAGACGAACCUAUCUUUGCACUACUCUUGACAUAUGCCAUCGCUCAGGUUGCCCUUCUGGCCGAUCUCAACCAGAUUGCUACCUUUAUCUCAAUGGGUUAUCAGAUGACCUUCUUCGUCAUGAACCUUGCAUGCUUCUUGCUUAAAAUCGGGUCAGCUCCUAAUUUUCGACCGAGCUUCAAGUUCUUCGCCUGGCAAACGGCAUUGCUCGCUGGCCUUCUCUCCGCUGCUGCCAUGUUCUUCAUCGACGAGACCUACGCGGCCAUUGCCGUCUCGGUUCUUGUCCUCCUCUUCCUACUCAUCCAUUAUCUCAGUCCGCCCAAGCGUUGGGGUGAUGUAUCUCAGAACCUCAUCUAUCAUCAGGUCAGGAAGUAUCUACUGCGACUCAGGCCAGAGCACAUCAAGUUCUGGCGCCCGCACAUCAUUCUUCUUAUCAAUAAUCCUCGACGCCAGACGAGACUGAUUCAGUUUUGUAACUCGUUGAAAAAAGGAUCACUUUAUAUCCUCGGUCAUGUUAUCGUGACAGACGACUUUGAUUCCGGGGUUCACGAAGCAAGACUCCAGCAGCAUGCUUGGACAAACUACAUAUCCGAAUUCUCCAGGAUCAAAGCUUUUGUGCAGCUGACAAUGUCUCCGACAAUCAACUGGGGGAUUCGAAACUUGAUCUUAUCAGCAGGCCUAGGUGGCAUGCGUCCCAACAUUGCUGUACUCGGUUUUUACAAUAUGGACGAGCUGCGAAAGUCGAAUCUAAAGUUUCGGGUUCCGGACGUUCCCGUGUCCCCGACUGUCCAGAUGCGCCGGCCGCCAAAGUCAGAAGGCAAGGCGCCACGACGGCGUGGUGACACCUCUGCUCGGCUGUUGGAAGGCAUCCUCCCCACAGACGUCAUCCGAACCGAGGAAAUGAUGUCCCCCACACAGUACCUCACAAUCCUGGAAGAUCUAGCCCUCAAGUGCAAACUCAAUGUUGCUGUGGGCUGUGGCUUCGACAAGCUCGAAACUCCAAGAAAGGACGGAACCAAUCACAAGAAAUACAUCGAUCUCUGGCCGAUCCAGAUGUCGGCAGAGGUUGCAGCGGACGGGAAGAAUUUAUUGACGACCAAUUUUGACACAUACACCCUCAUUCUCCAGCUAGGCCAUAUCUUGCAUAGCGUCCACGCAUGGAGACAAGCAUACUCGCUCAGAGUUAUGGUUUUUGUCGAGUACGAGAAUGAAGUCCAAGAAGAACAUGCGCGAGUCAUGGCACUUUUGGAGAAACUGCGGAUCGACGCCGAGGUCAAAGUAUUCUGUCUAGCUUCGGGUGAUCUUAAUACCUAUGAGCUUAUUAUUCAUGGUAUCAGCCGCGAUAUUGACUGGGAAAUUGUGGUCAACGAUACUCUCAAAGAAGAAGAGUGGUGGGACGAUCUUCAGAUGUUCCGAGGACAGCCGGAAAAUAUGACGUCGGCCCAGGAAGCGAAUCAUCUUGCUCACAUCUUCGAUUCCACAUCUGGGCGCCCAGGCAUCUAUAAUCCCCACGAAGAGAACUAUGACCGUCGCCGUGCAAGUGUGGUGGAUGUCUUGGAGAUGCCCAGGAAGCCCCCGAUCGGAGUUCUGUCUAAAAUGGGAGUGAACAUGGGAAUCCACACACACCACCUCCACGAUGACGCCUUAGACGACUUGACAACCGACGAUGAGUCCGAAAUCGAAGGAGCUUCUUCUGCGGAUUCUGAUGAGGAGAGGGCCUAUGGGUUUGAGGCGCUGGUGGACGAUGAUGAUGUUGGCCCUAACGAAUCUGUGAAGCGGCCCCUUUUAGGAUCUAGUGGCCGCCGCAAAAAUGGUGGUCUUGGAGAACGAGCAGCAGUGAGCUUCUGGGGACAUCAUGGCAGGGGACACUCGCCCAACACUGGCGGGGUCGCGUCUGCUACUUCGUAUGGAACACUAUCCGCGUCUCGAACUCGGAGGUCAAAUGGGUUAGGAAUGCUGUCUGACCAGAACCUGGUUUCACGAUCGAUCACUGAGGCAGACGCCAGCACACCAAACGACGGGCUGGAAGUAUUCCCCUCCUUGGGCCCGCCGGAAGCUCGAGGGUCCGCAAAUCGAUCAAGCCGUUCACGCCAAAUGAGUCCAACCAGGGAAGACACGGUGCGUCCCCUCCGCGACGGCAUAUCGACACCGGGUAAACCAAACCUAUCUCGACAAUCGUCUGCAGUACGGUUUACCAGCCGACCUGUACCAGAGACCAAGAUUACAACGGAGGCGGAAGGAUCCAAGAUUAGCUUCGCACCGUCAGAUUUCAUCUCAGAAACCCCAAGAGUGGACCGGCCCGCAUUCUCACGGCAAUCGUCUCUGGGGAAAUUCUCAAGCCGCCCCACCCCUGAGACGCGAGUGACGGUUGGCGAGGAGGAGGGUAGGACAAUCACGUUUGCUGAACAGCCGAUUCACCAUCCACGCUCGGCGGGGCAGUCUAGGCACCACUCGCGGCAGAAUUCGCAGGCGACAAACUUCAGCCAAGGCGAUGUUCGGCUACCGAUGCCCGAGAUGCUCGAGAGAUAUACGUUGGAUCCUAGGGUGGAGGAUGGCGACGAGUCAGCCACGCCGUAUUCGGGCCAAGGGGUCGAACUCUCUUUCAACGAGCUCCCAAGCCGGGCCCAGCACUUGAUUCUUAAUGAAUUGAUGCGACGGUACUCGAAGGACACAGCAGUACUGCUGAGUACCCUCCCGAUCCCAUCGGAGGGCACUAGCCUAGACGAGGCGGCCACAAUACGCUACCUCUCGGAUGUGGAGGUGCUAUGCAACGAGAUGCCGCCGACGCUAAUGGUGCUGAGCAACAACAUGACAGUGACGGUAAGUUUGUAG